AUCCGAGCGCACUGCACGUAUCUGUCAAAUAGGUUAACGAACGUAUUUGCUCUCAGCCUCAUCGAAAAAUACCUUAAUCUCUCUGAAAAAUUCGAGUUCGGUCUAUCCCAUCGCAUUUGCAGUGACAGUUCUAUCCCUAAAUUCGAUCUUAGGUAGAAGGGAGAAUGACUUUAAAUCGGGAUCAUCUGGAACGUUGACGCAACGCGCGUGCGCGCCACUUCGCGCCAAUGCCGCUACAGAUGGCAGAUGUUUUGUAACUGCCGUGGUGCGAACGCCUGGACGGGGGAUUAAACUCGCGAUUUCCAUCAUUUUCCGUGCCGAAAAUCCGCGAAAAACCCGGGCAAAUGAUCAAUCGUAACUCUCAAAUGUUGGCGCAUUAGUUCAGGCGGGCUUCCGUGCAUUCCCGAUGCCUUGCUGGCUCGCAAUUCGGUCCAACCUAUACUCGAUAGGCGGUCAGAGUACCUAGGAAACCAUUUUGUUUAGUCGCCCGGAACAUGUAGUAUAUUCGAUAGUGGUUGCGAAAAAUAUCGUACACGUUCACAGGAUAUCGAGCGCAGUUCAUCUAGCUGGCCUUGCAACUAAUAAAAGACUGUAAAGAUGACACGGACCAGGUAAUCCACCGCCUUCGUUAGGGGUGCCAGAACCCGCAAGAUGCCGCGCCCUGGUCGCCCCAGAGCAGACGCCAGCCCACGCGGGGGCGGUGGAGUGAGCGGUUACUCCUCCUCCUCUACGGCCACCUCGUCGACGCCCGUACACAUGAUGCACGUCAAGGGCCAGUACGACGUCAAGCAGGAAUUCACGCCCCCGCACCAUCUUAUCGAUCACGGAUAUGGCGCCACGCCGAUUCAUCAGGUGAUUUCAUCGCCUUCCGUGGCGCCACCUGUGAAGCGGAAGUUGAACAUGGACCAUCGCGGCGGAUUCGUGAUCCCGAUCAACACGCGGGGGGAAUUUAAGGCGCCCAGUUCACCGUCUCCGACGCAGGCGAAACGACCGAAAAGGCAACCGGCCGGGCUCAGGAAGACCAACAGGUGGGUACCGACGACGUUUUUAUGACGAAGCUGAAGCCUAAAUACCAGGGCGCCGCCUGAAACCUUGUUAAUUCGAUCUUUGAACUGUCCAAGACCCAAUUACACCAGGUACGACACCUCGCUGAGUCUGCUGACGAAGAAGUUCUCCGAGCUCCUCGAGCGCUCGCCGGACGGCGUCGUGGACCUGAACAAAGCCUCGCAAGACCUGGGCGUUCAAAAACGGCGCAUCUACGACAUCACUAACGUGUUGGAAGGCAUAGGCAUCCUGGAGAAGAAGUCGAAGAACAACAUCCAGUGGAAGGGCGCGGCCGGGUUCAAGGCGGCCACCAGGAGCGGGGGGGAUUUUCCGGCGAUGUCACGCCGGAUGCAGAGGCUGGAAAAUCUGGAAAAUGCGCUGGAUACGAUGAUCAGGGCGGCUGAGGGGGAACUGAGGAAGCUUAAUAAUGACAGGUAUGGUUAUGUAACGUACCAGGACCUUAGGUCGAUCUCCAAGUUCCGGCACACGACUGUGAUGGCGAUCAAGGCGCCCCCUAACACGCAACUGUCGGUGCCGACGGUAGCAGAGGGUGAGAAGACUGACAACUACACCAUUCAGAUGAAGAGCGAGGAUGGGGAAAUAGAGGUAUUUUUGUGUCCGGAGACGACAUCUCCGAUGUUGUCGAAUCGGCAACGACCGGUUCCGGUACCCCCGAUGGACCCGCUGCUCCGGGACAUGAAACUGAGUCCCGGACUGUUCGACAUCGGUACGUCGCCGCUGUUAUUGGAAAGCCCCGCGCCCAAUGGCAACUUGCAACCACCACCACCUGAUCUCAGACGGCCUAUUUCGUCGUUGUUAUGUCGAAGUCUGUCGUUCAAAGAAGACGCCUCGACGGACAGCGAACCGGGCCCGAGCAGUGCCCGUCGACAAGACCGCCUGCGUCCGCAUGAGCUCACGUCCGCCCCCGCAGAGCACGCGCACGCGCAUUACGACGGUUCGCCGGGUUUGAACCAAUUGCUGGAAUUGUCGCCGCCGAUGGGCGUGGUCAAGGACAAGCAACAGCAAAGGGGAGGCGACAAGACGUCCCCGUCGGGGCCGUUGCUGCACAGCCUUAUGGGGCCGUUGGUGGGGCAGACGAGGGGCAAUGCUGGCGUGCAACAGCAACAGACUGACACUAGUAGUAGCUUAGGUAUAAUGGAUCCCCUGUUUUGCGGCAGCGAGCUGGUUCCACUGGAACCACUGAUGCAAUCCGAGUACAACUUCAGUUUAGAUGCAACGGAAGGGCUGGCGGACUUGUUCGACUAUGACUUUCUGAAUUGUUAACGGAAUCGGGACGACAUUUGAAAAAUUUGUUUUUUGGGACCCAAAGCAGUCGUUGACUGACAAACUUACGAUUUACGUGACAUUUGAGAGAAACGUGAUAGGAGAGUAUAGACUAUGCCUUGCGAAUUAUCGCGAAACAAACGUACUUUAUCAUAAAAAAUACUGAGUGAUAAAUGAAUUAUGUAGCAUAUGGCAAGAUAUGUUUUUAUAAACAGUAGAUUGAAUUAAAAUCAAACUAUUUAGUUAUUCGCUCUGUAUUUCAGAGUGCAGCACUGUUAAUUUAUCCAAAGAAUAAAAAUUUUAAACAAUUGUGAAUAUCAGCAUAUUUAUAAAAACUUCCAAAUUUCCUUUAGGCUCCUAAAUAUGUACUUCAAAUAUUAAUUCAUCUUGAAUCACCCAUAUAUACGAUUUAAUCGAUUUUAUAUAAACUGCUGUGGUUGCUAUUAUUUCAUUUGAUCAAUCAUUGAAUUUUUGGCAAAACAAUAAUUAGUGAAAUGUUUAGUUCAAUUUAAUUUGAUUAACUACGUGAUUACAUGAUUUCUAUGCUUGUAGUUCCUCUGUUGGAACACUAAGGCCCACAUUUAUAGUCGAUAGUUUUUGGUGACAAUCCCCGAAUGUCAAACGAAUAGUCACCCUUUACACGCUUGAACAGAUUUUCGAGUUUCGGAAUUUUUGAAUUUUUUGAAAUUUUCAUAAUCAAAAUUUUUGAAAAAUUCGACUUUUGAUAAUUUCAAUAACUUUGAAAAAUUUGAAAAUUUUGAUAAUCUCG